GCACCAACCACUACAACUACUUCUCCAACCACAACCACUACAACUACUGCUCCAACCACAACUGCUCCAACCACUACAACUAUUGCCCAAACCACAACAACUACUGCCCCAACUACAACAACCACUGCCCAAACCACAACUACUACUGCUCCAACCACAACUACUACUGCACCAACCACUACAACUACUGCACCAACCACUACAACGACUGCCCCAACAACAACUACUGCAACCACAACCACUACUGGUCCAACCACAACAACUACUGCACCAACCACUACAACUACUGCUCCAACCACAACUACAACAACUACUGCUCCAACCACUACAACUACUGCCCCAGCAACUGCUCCAACUACUGGUCCAACCACAACAUCUACUGCACCAACCACUACAACUACUUCUCCAACCACAACCACUACAACUACUGCCCCAACAACUGCUCCAACCACAACAACUACUGCACCUACCACUACAACUACUGCUCCGACCACUACAAUGACUGCUCCAACCACAACUACUGCUCCAACCACAACUGCUCCAACCACUACAACUAUUGCCCAAACCACAACAACUACUGCCCCAACUACAACAACCACUGCCCAAACCACAACUACUACUGCUCCAACCACAACUACUACUGCACCAACCACUACAACUACUGCACCAACCACUACAACGACUGCCCCAACAACAACUACUGCCCCAACAACAACUACUGCUCUAACCACAACAACUACUGCAGCAACCACUUCAACUACUGCUCCAACUACAAUAACUACUGCACGAACCACUACAACCACAACUACUACUGCCCCAACCACUACAACUACUGCACCUACUACAACUACUUUAUCAACUACAACUACUCCAACCAUGACACCUACUGCCCCAACCACAACUACUUAUGUCCCAACCACAACCACUACUGGUCCAACCACAACAACUACUGCACCAACCACUACAACUACUGCUCCAACCACAACUACAACAACUACUGCUCCAACCACUACAACUACUGCCCCAGCAACUGCUCCAACUACUGGUCCAACCACAACAUCUACUGCACCAACCACUACAACUACUUCUCCAACCACAACUACAACAACAACUGCUCCAACAACAACAACUACUGCACCUACCACUACAACUACUGCCCUAACAACUGAUCCAACCAUAACAACUACUGCCCAAACCACAACUACUACUGUCCCAACCACAACAACUACUGCACCAACCACUACAACUACUGCUCCAACCACAACUACAAUAACUACAACAACUACUGCUCUAACCACUACAACUACUGGUCCAACCACUACAAUGACUGCUCCAACCACAACUACUACUGCUCCAACAACAACUACUGCUCUAACCACUACAACUACUGGUCCAACCACAACAUCUACUGCCCCAACCACUACAACUACUUCUCCAACAACAACUACAACAACUACUGCUCCAACCACUACAACUACUGCCCCAACAACUCCUCCAACCACAACAACUACUGCACCUACCACAACAACUACUGCCCCAACAACUGCUCCAACCAAAACAGCUACUGCACCUACCACUACAACAACUGCUCCAACCACUACAAUGACUGCUCCAACCACAACUACUACUGCUCCAACCACAACUACUGCUCCAACCACGACUGCAUCAACCACUACAACUACUGCCCAAACAACAACAAGGACUGCACAUACUACAACUACUUUAUCAACUACAACUGAUCCAACCAUAACAACUACUGCCCCAACCACAACUACUACUGUCCCAACCACAACAACUACUGGUCCAACAACAACAACGACUGCACCAACCACUACAACUACUGCUCCAACCACAACUACAACAACUCCAACUACAACAACUACUGCUCCAACUACUACAACCACUGCCCCAACAACUGCUCCAACCACGACAACUACUGCACCUACCACAACUACUGCUCCAACCACUACAACGACUGCUCUAACCACAACAACUACUGCUCCAACCACUGCUCUAACCACAACAACUACUGCACCAACCACAACAACGACUGCUCCAACCACAGCUACUUCUGCUCCAACCACAACUACUGCUCCAACCACAACGAGUGCACCAACCACAACAACUAUUGCCCCAACCACAACUACUACUGUUCCACCCACAACGACUACUGCAUCAACUACAACUACUGCUCCAACCACAAUGAGUGCACCAACCACUACGACUACUGCCCCAACCACAACUACUACUGCUCCAACCACAACAACUACUGCAUCAACUACAACUGCUCCAACCACAACUACUACUGCACCAACUACUACAACUACUGCUCCAACCACAACGAGUGCACCAACCACAACAACUAUUGCCCCAACCACAACUACUACUGUUCCACCCACAACGACUACUGCAUCAACUACAACUACUGCUCCAACCACAAUGAGUGCACCAACCACUACGACUUCUGCCCCAACCACAACUACUACUGCUCCAACCACAACAACUACUGCAUCA